GAAUUUCACCCCGCACGAGUGGAACCAACUGCGGACGAAAUGGCCGCCUUUUGGGACAGGUGCUAUGGCUUCAAGUCUGCACAUCUUUCAGCCGCCAUUGUCGACCAGCUGAGCCUGCAGAACGGAGCAGAGUGGCAGCCACGCCUUUGA